AUGGUACAAGACACAAAGAAGAUGGGUUGUCCCACACAAAAAAUUGUAAAGGAGGUGAUGAAAUUUCCUCAGUUUCAGGUAACAAUAUUUAAUCUUUUUGUAAUAAUCCUUUGUACCUUUGAGAGUAGGAAGCGGUUCAAUUGAAAGGGGUGCAUGGAAGGGCCAUUUUAAAAAUCAUGCAAUAUGCAGGCCGCUUAAAAAAAAUGAUCCUUGCAUUGUAUAUCAAUGGGAUUGCAGACUUAUAGAUUUACAGCACAAUGUUCAAGUUUUAUUGCAAUUAAUUCAAAUUUUUACAUUUUGUCCAGAUAACCAUUGAUUCACCCAAAUGACGGAGAACUACAUCUGAAAAAGUACGAGAACACAUGUCAGGGCAGAAAGACUUCACUGGAGAAUGCCAUUUUUACAUUAAGCUUCCUGAGGUCAAGGAUCACAUGUACCACAUUACUGGAGAGGUAAACAUACAGACCACCCUUUCAUCCUCUUUUCCUUUAAUAUGUAGUACAAGUACAUCAAUUAUUAGUUACUGCAUCCUUACUCUCACCCAGGCUAGUGGUAUCAACCAGGCCGUAGACACAAGAGUUAUUACCAAAAUUCAUGAUUUGGUGAACAGGGGUGUCACUGAUGUUGAUGAGAUGAGGAGACACUUGAGAGAAUCUGUUCGAAUUGAGAUCUUCCCUGGAAGAUGA